AUGGUUAGCCAUUGCAAAACGGCGGGAAAACGAGAAGACUAUGUUGCCGAAUUAAAAGCGUUCAUCGAUGUUGACAUUUAUGGAAGAUGUGGUUUGUACCAAUGUGCAAAAAAUGAUAUGAAUUGUUGGAAAAUACUAGAACAAAAUUAUAAAUUUUAUUUAUCUUUUGAAAAUUCAAUUUGUAGUCAUUAUGUAACAGAAAAGUUAUUUGCAAUUUUAGAUUACGAUCUAAUUCCAGUUGUAUUUGGUGGUGCCAAUUAUAGUUCGAUAAUGCCACCUCAUUCGUAUAUCGACGCAUUAAACUAUAGUUCACCGUUUGAAUUGUCGUUAUAUCUCAAAGAAAUUGCGUCCAAUGAAACAAAAUUCAAUUCAUAUUUUAAAUGGAAAGAAAACUAUUUUGUCAUAUCAGAACUACCACCUUUCUAUUGUCCAAUUUGUGAUAAACUCGCACAAGAACAGAGAAAACAAACACCAUCAGAAAAAAGGCAAAUUAACAACAGUCAGUUGUACUUGUACAACUGGUGGUUUAAUAAUCCCAAUAAUACAUGCACCGCUUGGAAAAGUCAAACCACAUGGAGUAAUUAUUUGCUUGAGGUGAUCGAUAGAGGUUUCGAGUUCAUUGGCAGAUGAAAUUAACUUUCCCUUGAUCCGUAUGCGUGCUUCUCAAUUCGUUUUCAAAGUGCUUAUUUCGUUUUAUAGAUAGAGACAUGUUGACACAAUGCGACGAAUAAAAAAUACAACAAUUUUUUCUUUUCAACAGGGCAAUAUUCAUAGAUCAACUAACUACUAACGGUUAGGUUCAUUUAUGGAGAAAAGUAUUACUCUCGCCAUAACAAAAGACCACUGCUGACGAUUUUUUCCAGAUAUUCUUCCAACAAUCUUUAGUCAAAAAGCGAGUUGAGUUGUUCGUUCAAAUAGAAGACCAUGGCAGUCGUCUACUACGAGGGAGCGGGGCUUACGAACAUCAUGGAUAUAUGCUACUCAUGUCUCGUGAAGAACUGUCAAAACAGCUAGUCAUCUUCUGCAUAUAAACAUGUUUUUAUCCGAGGAUUGAAGUACUGUUAUCGGACAAAUUGCUUCACUCCGUUGAAACGUUGAGUAAGAUAUAACAAUAAGUGCCUAUUUCGUCUGAAAUGAAUGAAUAUAUACAUUCAUAUUCACUCGUUAGUCUACAUAUUGAAUCACUCGUUACUGAUAAAUUGUAUGCACUUUUUAUUUAUUUUUCUCUCAAUGGGUGUGUGUCUGUGUGCGUUACUAAUAUUCGACAUCCCUUUUGUCACUUAUUCAUUAUAACAGACAUGUCGCUUCGUUGAACGCUCUCAGAAUACAAAAUGUACACAUUUAUCGUUAAUAACAACAUCAAAUUGUGCCGCCUGUUCUUAAGGGUCGUUGCACGAUUGGGCAGCUUUUUUCCGUACCAGUUGCUCAAUCGAUGUUUGAAUUUUUGGCUCAGGAAUUUACCGUAGGUAGAGGCAACAUAUACAGAAAGAUUCCCAAUUUUUUUUCGUUCAGACUUACUUCGUUAAAAAGUUAUAGAGCUUUUCGUGAAAGCCGUAAAAAUAGCCUAAAACGAUACUUGUUUAUGAUGUCUAUAUCUUGAUCUAGGAAGUUGAUUAAGAGCUCGUAUUUGCAGCAUAAGUACUAUAAUGAAGUACUAGAACUAUAAUGCAGCUGUAAUCUAUGGGUCCAAUACUAUUUAUGCAUGAAAACCUUUUUUCGGAGGAUUCACAUACGAUUCUGCAAGGGGUCUCUAAAAAUCUGUUUUUUGAAGUUCACUUAACAUGAACGCCCUUCGAGAAAAACGACGCUGGUCUUUCUCACUGCAUUUCAGAGCUUUGAAACGUUUUUCUUCUGAAUCCGCAUUGCAAAAUGCAUAUCGAAAUGUGAUUUUGAAGUUUUUGUACAUCACGAAGCCGUCAGGAUAAAAUUCGUUUCCAAAUAAACUCUAAACGUGACCCUCCGAUCAAAAAUACAUCAAAUCUCUUACCUUAAGAGAUGGAGUCUUGUUUCAAACAGCAUUCGAACUGCCUUGAAGCGGAGAACCAAGUUCUAGCUGCAGAUUUCUGAUUUUUUCCUCAUGGCUCCUGAAGACUCAAUUUUCUGUAGAACCAGUUUUUCAGAAACGCUAAAUGAUUACCAGAACAUUUCUUAAUGAGGCGCAAUUGUAGCCCCCAAAUUUCUGAUUAAAAUGAGACAUCUCCCGGCUCUACACGACAUUUAUUUGCAAAGUUACAGAAUUUGAGAAUAUUAACAAAAAGCUACAGAAAUAAGAAGAAAGUAAUUUAGCGCUUUUUUUGUAAAUUCUAUAACUUUGUAAAGACAGGAUUGCACUAAUUGCGGACAUAUUGAUAAUCGAGGGAAAACUGUAAUUACUAUUUGUCUCAGCAGCGAGAUAUCGUAACCGUGCGAGCUCGGGUUGAAUUAUACUAAUUAAGCAAGGUAAUUAUAUAAAUAUGGAAUCAGUAAACAGCAAAGCAUGACAUUUUCUACUGUCAAAUCCAAAUGAAUUUUGAAAAAGUUAUAAUGUCUACUCUCUAAAAAAAAUCCGUAGCUUACAAAACGAAUAGCGGUUUUGGGGGUUUGGCCGAAUAUUAACACAGAUGCCGGUCGGGCCCGGCGGGGGGGCCGGGUGGCGGGGGGCGGGGCGGGGGGGUGUGGGGGGGGGGGGGGGGGG